UGCAGACAGGCUCUGAGUAUCAGCUACUUAUUCAUCUUCCCAUCCUCUGUCCAUUUACAUUCUUGCGUUGCCUCAGGAGGAAUAAAACUAUUAAAAUGCCGAAAUCUUUCCUGGUGAAGAAACACAUGAGUUAUAGGAAGCCAAACUAUGGGCGACUGGAGUCACAGAAAAAAGAAGAAGCGGUAUCAUCUCCAUAUCCUUUUGAAGGCUCGAUGAUAGCUCACAUUUCCCAACCCGAGUUCCCAACACCGGCCACCUGUGCUGAUGCCCUGGCAGGGUGGGCCAGUAGACCCCUUGUCACUUCAGCUACCCCAACCACAGGGUCCGGGGCAGGCAGUGUCAUCAAAAGCAUGCCAGUCAACACACGGCCACAGCACACAGACUCUUCCAUGGCCAACCUGGCAGAUGAUCCACUGCUCACCUUUCAAACAACCACCUCUCCUCUCGGAGACUCCCUGAACAGCCUGACCUCCUUAGACGUCUCCAGAAGCAGGAUCGAUGGCAUAGCCUUCGAGGAGACAGGCUGCCUCCCAGCCCCUUUCCUCCUGGGGCCGGAGAGCUGGGGGCUGCUGCCAUGCGUUCAGGAGAAAUUUGAGUGCUUCAACUGCCACAAGGCCUACUAUACCUUCUCGGGGCUGGCCAAGCACAGGCAGCUGCAGUGCGAGUGGCAGUGCCGCAAGUAUUUCAACUGCAAGUACUGCGACAAGGAAUAUGUGAGCCUGGGGGCACUGAAGAUGCACAUCCGCACCCACACGCUGCCCUGCGUCUGCAAGCUCUGCGGCAAGGCCUUCUCUCGGCCCUGGCUGCUGCAGGGGCACAUCCGCACACACACAGGAGAGAAGCCCUUCUCCUGUCCACACUGCAGCCGGGCAUUUGCGGACCGCUCGAACCUGCGGGCACACCUCCAGACACACUCCGACGUGAAGAAGUACCACUGUAAGAGCUGUGCCAAGACCUUCUCCAGGAUGUCACUGCUGUCCAAACAUGAGGAGGCCGGCUGUCCUCCCCUCUCUCCUGAUACCCUGCCAGGAUUCCCAGGAAGCGCCUGAAAAAAAGCACUGGUGCAAACAUAUAGCCAGGGUGUGAGCAAACCAGGUUCCGUUUUAUAUACUGGGGAUUCAAUCGUUUUUAUUUUGUGUUUUUUUUUUUUAACAUUUGAUAAAACGUUACAAUAAGUCAUGGUAUAAUUGGCUGAGUAUGCUAGUGUGGAGUAUCACAAAAUAUGAUUACUUUGGAAUUCAAUAGGAAAUAAUCUUCAACUACAUUACCUGUUUUUGAAUUUCUGAAACUGACAAACCGUAUUCAAGACAUACGCUAAACAGAAACCCUGGCAGCAAUUUCCUUUUAAAGGAAUGGUACAAACCGAUUUCACAGCAUGAGGACAGCUGUGGGGCCUUUGGCCUGUUUUCUGACUGGCAGUAUUACUUAAAAAAAUAAUAGCACUGGUGCUAGAAGAAAUGUUUUUGUAUUACUCUUCAGUGUUACUUGUUUUGAUAUUUUUGUUAUAGCAGGGAAGUAUAAAGAUGUAGUAUUACAGUCCAUCCACAAGUUAAAGAGUACAAUGAAUACGUUUACAAGUGACUCAGAUCUUUUGCACUCUUCCUUUUAUGUUGUGCUGUAGCCGAAUGUCAUUUUGUUCGACAGUUUUGCACGGCUGACAAAUGAAUGUGCAAACAGAAACUUUAAUGUUUCUUGAGUUGACACUGUUUGUAAAUUUUUGAAAAUAAAAUAAAAAAAUAUUUACCAAAGCAAUGUUUGUUUACAACAAUGUGACUUUUCAGUUCUGCCAGCCCUACCUACUCUGCAUAUAUUUAAACAGAGAGAGUAGGGGGGCCUGAUAGAGUUGAAAGAUCACAUAGUCACAUGAUUGGAAUGGAGCGAAAGUUGUUCCGUCCCAGCACUCAGGAUUCUCCAGACAAGCUCCAAGCAGCACAAAGCCAAGGCAGAAUUACCCAGAACCACUCCGAAUGAUUGAAAACACCAAUACAAAAAAAAAAGCAAUUCCAAUGACAUUUAAACGUACUUGUGUUUUCUGUGCAAUAUGAAUAUUUUUGAGACUGAUCUACUUUUUUUUUUUUACUACUGGGAGAAUUUAUGCAUUGCAUUUCUAUUAAAAAAAAAAAAAGUCAUUUUGACCAGUUUGUUUGAACAGACUUUGAUUUCUAACCAUGUGGCCAGAUCCCAUUGGCUGAGCUGAACAUCCAGCCACAGCACUUCAAUGAGGUGUACAAGCACCCUUCAAACUGGUGCAAUCAGUUGCUUAAAGCUGUAUUGAAAACCAAUCAGAGGAUUUGGUGGUUAUUUAGAAUAGGGCUCUUGGCAUUCUGUUUAUGAAACGGUUUCAUCUAUAAUUUAUCAGACUUCUCCUUCAUUGUGUGGCAUGCAUCAAGAUCACUGUCCCAGUUUUGCUCCACUGGCAAGUACUGGUUUAUAAUCCUUUAAAACUAGAAAUACACAAUUCCAAUGGCCAGGUUAUGGAUACUCCUUUUUGAAGUUUUCUGAAUGCUGGGCACAGCGCAUUCUAAGAACAAAUGCAAGUUGUUGGUCAUGUCGAAGGUCAUCGCACCGUGAAGCCCAGCUGUCCCUAAAGCCUGUAGUCUCCAGACCCUUAAGCAUAUGACAAGAAAACAACGUAGAAAAAAGUGCCAUUUGUUGCCAGUUUUUGUUGAACUAACAUACAUUUUGGUUUGCUGUUGAUAUAGCCUGUGUGUGCUACGACAAAGUUGUAGUUUUACUUUAAAUGCCUGUGUUGUUGUGAGGGGGAUGCCAUAGAUCCUGCAAAGUUGAUACCAUCAUCUCCUGUACAGCUAAAGUCAUUAUCAUAUUUAUGGAGCUUUUGUGAGCUCCCCUUGUACUUAUUUUGUAAUAUACUGCAGUAUGUAAGAAAUAAAUGGUGAUUAUUUUGAUACUUUCCCAUUGGUAUAUGGUUGGCUUUCCAGGAUACUUUUCCCAUUUUCCUAUUUUAAUAAUAUAAACCGUGACUGAUCUUAAUACAGUACUACCACCCUAAAUGUGCUCUAUCACCAACCUCCUUCUCCCAUAUUUUACUGUAUUAUGUUAAUAAGUGGGUACAUAACCCUGUUGAAAAAUAGCAGCAUAAUUAAUAUAAUAAUUAAGGACAUCAUUAUUACAUUAUUAUGUUUUAGUAUUUCUAAACAUCUGUAAUAACACACACCAGUUCCAUGUAUUGUACAACUUAUAAAAAAAUACUUGAAAAUGAAAUGUUUACCAUGUAACGGCACCUAAAUUUACAACUAUAUAUGCAGUACUGUAACAGACAGU